AUAAAGUGAUGCGCGAAUAUGCAGAUGUUUGUCGAGUACACAGAAUAAGGUAGCUAAUAAGCGAGAUAGAAGAUAAGAGUAGUAUAUUCGGCUCGUACUGAAGUUUGGUAACGACAUGACGAUUACCGAUCGGUAUAAAUUCAAGGAUGGAUCGAACCUUUGGCAGAAAACGCGCGUGUACGAACGGAGAAGGGAAAUAUCGUGGCGGCAGAGGGAACGGAGAAUUUGAAAUCUUUCGCUUUGAAAAGGAGAGGAGCGGAAAGGAAGAGGGGUAGGAGAAAAGGGGGGAGGAGACAGAGGAGGGAAGGUUAGGUAGAUAGAGUAAAGUAAAAUAAAGUAAGAGGAAGGAAGGAGAAGAGAAAGAAAGAAAGAAAGAAAGAGAGAAAAUGAGGACAGAAAGCGUGAGCAACGAACCAGGAAGACUUCGACAGCUUCUAGUAGCGCUGAUCGCGAACAUCUCAUCGCUGUCGUUUGGACUAAUGAUCGGUUGGCAGUCGCCGGCGAUACCGUUACUACAAAAUGGGAAUCCUCCGGUGGGGAAGGAGCCGAUGACGGACGAAGCGGCAUCCUGGCUGACAGGAAUCACGUGUCUGACGGCGGCUGGCGUAAGCCUGGUGGUCGGCGUGUUAGCGAACAGAUACGGACGUAAGAUGGUCGGUUGCUUGAUGGGUUUACCCCUUUGCGGGUGUUGGCUGGUGACGAUAUUCGCGACGGAACAGUGGCACCUGUUCGUCGCGCGUUUCUUCUCGGGUGUAUCCGGCGGAAUGGCGUUGUUCUUGGUGCCGUUGUACGUGUCUGAGAUCGCGGCCGAUGGAAUACGAGGCAUGCUAGGCAGCCUGAUGGUGUUCCUAUUGAACGGCGGUAUCCUCUUAGGGUAUAUUCUCGGCGCGUUAGUCUCGUAUCGGUUGUUCUCGAUCGUCGCGCUCCUCUUUCCGUUGUUCUACGUCGCGUUCUUCCUAUUCGUGCCGGAAACGCCUGUGUAUCUGGUGCGACGCAAUCGACUGGGUGAUGCAGCGAGAUCCCUGACAUGGCUGAGGGAUGGAUAUAAGCCGACGGUGGAGAGGGAAAUGUCGCGACUGCAGGCGGAAGCAAAGGAGCAAAACGUUUCGGGGAGAUCGAUCGGGCUGUCGGACUUGUUUCGAGAUCGAGCAACGAUCAAGGGAUUGAUCAUCACGCUGGGACUGUUCGGUGGUCAGCAAUUUGGAGGAAUAUUUCUUAUGAUAAGCUAUACGGAAACGAUAUUCAAGAUGUCGGGAAGUUCGUUGCCGCCGAACAGCUCGUCGAUAAUCGUGGGCUUGAUUCAAGUGUUCGGCUCGUGCAUGUCUACAACGUUGAUGGAACGAGCCGGUAGAAGACCUUUGCUUUUAACCUCCUGCUUCGGAAUGGGUUUCUGUCACUAUGUCCUCGGGGCGUUUUGCUACCUGCAAACUCUUGGAUACGACGUUAGUCGGUUCAGUUGGAUUUCGAUCGUAGCUUUGUCCAUUUUCAUGGUCGCCUAUGGUUUAGGUAUAGGACCAGGUCCGUACGUCGUCUCUUCGGAAAUACUCAGUCGGGACAUCUCGAAUUUGGUGAUAACGAUCGCAAUGUGUUUCGUUUGGAGCGUUGCGUUCGUAGUCGUGAAAUUAUUCCCGACUGUAACCCACUUGAUAGGUGUGCACGGAUGUUUCUUCCUCCUCGGUUCAUUUUGCGCCAGUACUUUCGUGUUCGUCUUCGUGCUUAUUCCAGAAACGAAGGGGCAGCCUCGUCAAUUGAUCUUGGAUCGACUUAACGGAAUACUUGACACGACAGAUAAGGGACGAUACGUUUCUUCGAGUAACAUUAGUGGAAAAACUGUACCGCUAUCUGAACUAGUUUGAGAAUGUUAC